UAAGAUCCACGCGCUCCGGUGUGCGAUUAAACCGCGCGUCGCGUGCGAACGGACACGUUAGGACCCCGGCCGUCUGAUCGACCGAGCCCGACGGUGUCAGACCAACGCGUUUAACAUUAAAUAGGAAGUUAAAGUGUGGUCCACUCCUCAGUGUUUCGCCUGUCUCUCUCGGUCUCGAGCGUUUCAUUCGCCCGAUCGUGCGCCACGCGAAACAAUAGCGUGCACCGUGGUGCUGAUCCGCGUCCCAGGUGCGCGCCGGGCGGGUGUCAGUUCUGAAGUUUCACAACUGUGCGAAUGGGCUCCAAAGAACAGCGCCACAGUCGUGUAGACAUUUUCCACCAGGGCUAUGUGGGGCCACUGGAGGGUGUUCCCCGGGCAUCCACAUUCCUAGAGGGACAGGACAGGAGACUGGGGUCCCUUUGGAGGCAGCCGGCAAAGAUGGCAACCCAGUCUCAUACAGGUGGUGAGCUGCCCCUUGAACAAUUGCUGGCACUUUAUGGGUACAACCUGUCUGGUCCUGUCCUGAAGCAACAACAGGAACCCAAUGAGCUGGCAGCCAGUCUGCCUGAAAUGACACUGGACAAGGUUCAGAUAGGUAAAGAUCUGUCUUCAAGAGAGAAGGACGGGGAUAAAAAACAUCCCUCUGCUGAUGACCUCACACCCUCUGACACAUCCCAUGAAUCUGACCUCUUACAAUGUCACCUACGAGGUGAUGACAAAGACACUUCAGUCAGCUCCUCAGAAGAUGACUCAGAAAAUUCUAUCCACUCCAGUGAUGGCCGCAAGGCCAUCAUGGUGGGCUCCCAGUAUCAGGCUGUAAUUCCUUCUCUUAAUUUAAACACAUGUAAUGAAAGAGCUUAUGGGUACGAGGACCAGUUGUUGUGGACCCCCGAUGUGUUGUCCAGUCCAGCUGUAGAGAAGUUCCUGGUUGAAGUCCAGGGAAGAGGGAAUGACAAUGGAGCUACAAACACUUCGAUCACAGGGGACACAGUUAAAGAUAAUGAACAGGCUCUGUAUGAACUAGUGAAAUGCAACUUCAAUGCAGAAGAGGCACUUAGAAGAUUUCGUUUUAAUGUCAAGGUUUUCAGUGAGGAACUCUGUGGCUGGAGUGAGGAUGAGUGUCGUAACUUCGAACUUGGCUACCGUGUCCAUGGGAAAAACUUUCACCUCAUACAAGCCAACAAGGUCCGCACGCGCUCAGUAGGUGAGUGUGUAGAGUACUACUACAUGUGGAAGAAAUCAGAACGGCAUGAGUAUUUUACACAGCAGGCCACCAAGCUGGGUCGGAGAAAGUGCAAUAUGCCAUCUGGGAACAUAGAGGAUGCUGAACCCGAUGGAGAUGUUGGUGAGGUGGAAGGUGCCAAGCAAGGUUUGCCAAGUAGAUCCAUUCAGCUCCAACCUGCAGUCAUGAAUCUGGAUAAACAAGAAGCGAGCCUCAAUUGCACGGCUCAGGUUCAGGGUCGGCCUCGACGGAAACGCACACCGCGCUUCCUCUUAAAGCCCUGAGCUUCCUGAUCACUGACAGCCUAAAACUGACAGAUACGCAGGUUCUGAGCAGAAUGCUUGGGAGACGGGACUACGUGCAGAUUCUGUCUGCUGUUCGGCCAUUUUAUGCCUCCCAUGUAGGUUCUUCAGACAUCAGGCAAAGAUUGUCUAGGCAUGGUCUCUCUGUCCACCCAGCUUGACCUCCCCCUACUCCCUAGUAGCCACACCGUCGUCCCUUCUUCCCAGCCAAACUCAGGGCUCCUCAAAGCAGGUGUUUACCAGCUACAGCUAGGGUCUUUUUCUGAAGAUGCCGUACCUGCUUGAAUGGAGUAUGUUGCUUCCAAAAGACCUCAAAUUGACUUUUCCUUACCCGUCUCAUCCUAUCCAACACCAUCGCUCCUCCACACAGUGACUCAUCUGUUCACCAAACAUUCCAGUUAUGAGCAAAUAACUUUAUUGCAAUCAAUGAUAACGACAAGUGUUAUGUACUGACACGUUACUUUGCUGUCCUUUUCUGGAAGUAGCGCCCUGAAGACGAAGCAAAUGUUCAAGAGGUUUUUGUUUGAAAUGGGUCUACCACAACCUACAAGACUGCAGCACACUUUAUUAAUGUAUUUUAUGGAAUGGUAAGGUGCCAGAAAAGGUCAACUAAGAUCAAUGCCUAAAUAUCUUUCAAUGUGGGCGUAAUGAUGGUCUGUAUUUAGAUCAAUGUCUAAACCUUAGUAGCGUGUUAUAAGGAAAUUGGUCAUUGUCUGACUACUACAUGCUAUGAAUUUUUUUUUUUAAUUUAAUCUACCUUGUAAAGAUGGCAGCCUUCAUACCAAUCCAAGAACUGUUAUACAUUUUUCUUUUCAUUGCAUGUAGUUCUUACAGCUAAAACCUGUUUUUUUUUUUAAGCAAAAAGCAACUUAAGAAGAUAUUAUCAAUCAACAAAUGAACUACUAACAAAUUCGAUCAUUUUCGUAAUACCCUCCAUGGGACGUUAGCUUUCCCAAUGUAGCUCCUCUUUGUGCAAUAAAGAACUCAAGUUCCUCAGGGACUCCGAUCGUUUCCCUCUCGGUCUGGUCCGUCAGUACUUCAGUACUAAGUGUUGAAGAGGGUUUAUGAAUGGUUUAUCAUUACAUGCCCUGCCAACAAUCCUGAUUUGUCAGUGUUGCGACACUUUUAAACAACUCCAUGAAGUUUCUCAGGUUUUGCGGACAGUUUGGAAACCUCUCCCUUUGUAAAGGGUCCAGAAUCCUUCACCACCCAGAGAAACUGGCACCAUCAAAUCCAGUGUAGUGCCUCAUUUACUGUCACCAACAGGACUGUUAUUCAGGAAUGAGGGCUUCACGUGUCAUCCUCUCUAUCGGUUUGAAUAUGCUCAGAUUCAUGUGUGUUGCUUUUAAUCGGCUUUAAGUUUGGUUUUUAGUUUACACGAGGCUCAGAAGAUGCAAAAGGAACACACACACACUGCCUUUGCUUACAUGACUUGUAUUAUGUUUUUUAGCAAUUUAUAUAUUACUGCUCAUGUUGAUUUAUUGUCCUUAUUAUAUUUUGUAAAUAAAAAGAUCUCAGCAAUAUUA